AGUCUGAGCUGAAGCUGUACAUUCUCCGGCCUUGCCUGCAAGCGGGUUGAUUGGUAGCUGCAGAACUGUAGCUCUCUGAAAAAAUAUUGGGACAGAUCAGAGAGCUACGGAUCCACUCCUUAUAAAAACCUUCAAUUUACGGCGCACAAGAAUGUGCACGGUUGAGGCCUUAUAUCGCUAUAGUCUUGCAACGCCGUCUCAUAAAUAUAAAAUAAAAGAAUUCCUAACAUAUUUUCCUACUAUAUAUGUAUCCAGAUAUACCUUCUGAUAUUCAUAAGGGCCUCCUUCGCCGAGUGGUUAGAUCACGCUCAAAAUCACACGGCCUCUCACCUCUGGUAAGUGAGAAAGUUUCUCAGUUUACUUUCGAAAGGUCGGUGGUCUCUUCUCAGGUACAUUGUAUCUGGGUUCUCUCUUCCACCUAUAAAAUCUGGGCGCCACCAGAUAACUAAAAAAUUGUUGAGUGUGACGGAAAACAGCAGAAAACAGCAGAACAAUCAAUAUAAUAUUUAUAAAAGUCCCAUACGACCUGAAAACUCCCGAGCUUGCCGGAAAGACCCAAAAAGUUCAAUCUAUAAAUGCAAGGUGAAGAUAACGAACAGUGAUCAAUCUCAUAACUCCUAUAAGCAAUAAAAAAUAGAUAGUUGGGCAAACACGGACCCCUGGACACACCAGAUGUGGGGCCAGGUGCCUAGGAUGAGUAAGCAUCCCCUGUUGACUGGUCACACCCGCCGUGAGCCCUAUAUCUUGAUCAGGUAAACGGAGUUAUCUGCAGUCAAAAUCAGUGUGCCACGAACGGCUUAACAAUCGGUAUGAAACACAUCAGACAGCAUUUGACCCAAUUCGAGGUUAAAAAUGUUUGGUCACAAUCCCAGAAGGCCUUCAUUGAAUAUAUGUCAUAGGAUAGAAUUGAGAUAAUUUAAAAGUUCGUAAUCUGAGAUCGAUGAGAUGUGACUUUGCAAGAUCUCCGACAUCUUUAAUGAGGGACUUCUAAGAUGGUGAGAAGAAACUUUUCUUGACAAAUAUGCAGCUUUUUCACACGUUUUAAUCAUUAGAGCUCUCACUACGAUCUAGCACUUAGCACUGGCUCGCUAUUUUGUGAAUGCUGAAAUGUUUAUAUUUACAUGUAAUUGUACCCCUAAAAAUACAUGGAUGAAACCCAUUUCCCUAGGGAACAUUUCUGGAUCCACUCAUAUUCAUGUAGCAGCAUUCUCUCUAACGAUAGUUCCGUCAAUACAUUAUCCAGUUGGAAAUUUUUUCUUCCAUCAGAAAAAGUAUUUUCCAUCCGUUCGAAAUAAUAAUUCGACAUUUUAAGAUAUCACUAUAUCUUACCAACUAGAUAAAAACUUGACAAUUAUUAUAUGCAUGUUCCUGGUAUAAUUUCAGACGGGGUUGCUUUUGCACCAUCUGAGGAAUUUCUUGACCAGGGAGAGAAGGUUCUUUUUUCAUUACGUAGAAUAUCGGAGACUAUGAUUGUACUUUCUUCGAUGCCCCUUGACACUGCUUCCAAUGGACUUGAUUUUUAUGAUUGUAUUUAACGCGUCCCAUUCAAGGAUUUUUUACUCAUAUUGAUCCCAAAAUCACUAACUGUAGGUAACUUGGUAUCAAUGUUGAUCAAUGCAUGACCCCCAAGGCCGCAGCAGUGAGAAUUUCUUUAUCGUGCCAACGCCUACCAUAACACUGAACCUCUGUUUUAAAAGGUAAGAUCAAAAAGACCAGUGACAUUCACUCCUAAUGCAGGGGACCGGUCGCGGUAGCUCAGUGGUAGAGCGUUCGCUCCGUAACCAGGAGGUCAUGCGUUUGAGCUCCGCUCGUGCCAUGGCCACGUCAAACAUACAUGUAGGUACAUGUACAUGUAGUGACUGCUCCAUAGCGAAGCGCUCAGGAUUUAGAAGCGAAAAUCACGGGUCUGUCGAAUAUGACCUUAAUUUAUUAAUUAAUUGUGUCGAGACAGGCGUUGGCACGUUAAAGAAUUCUGCUAUGACCCUGAGCGCUAAGUACUGAACUAUGGUACCUCACCCUACAGCUGGUGAAGUCUCAGUAUGAGGGGAAAAUUGUCAGUGGGGUGUAAAACAAACACUACCUAAUGUAGGGUGAAUCAUUAGUACUUUUUCUACUAUCGUAGCCAAAAGCAUUUGUUUUGAUAUCUUCAGUUAUUUCCUUGUUCAUGCAAUUGUCAAAGGAAUUAAAGUUACUGAACGAAACUGAGAAAAAAUAGAGUUCAAUAGGUGUCUGGGCUCUGCCUUACAUACAUGUAUUACGUAUUCUUAAUGUUUAAUCUAGCAUUCAUUACCAUGCGUCAUACACUGUGCACGAUUUCAAGGUGACAAUUCUUAGCUGCAAAUGUUAAUAGCGUGGUAUACUUUAUAAAUUUUAUUUCGAAAAAAAAGUAGAUACGGAAUCUACGACUGUUAUUGAUAAGAAGCCUGUUAUAAAAUUUCAUCCUAUCUAAAAGUCUGAUGGUGUAUACUCUUUUUAUAUCGUAAAAUAUAUAAAUAAACAUAUAUUUUUCAUAUCAUUUAUUUACAUGACAUGCUUUUUUUAAACAUUAGUUUUUGUGAUUCUUCAUUUUUUGAAAUGCAGUGUAAAUAUCGUUUUACAUUUUUAAAUUUUCGUUAAAUUUCCUAUAUUGUUAAAUAACAUUUUUCUGUUCCAUUAUAUCAUAGAUCUUCAGUAAUAUAUUCUUUUAAUGUUCGUAAGUUUUCUAUCUCUGUUUUGACUCCUAUAUGUUGAAGGAAACUUCUAUUUGCGCAGGUAAAGAGGUGGUCACAUUUCCAUACGUAGUUUGACAAUGUUUUCCGAAUGCCACAUAUUAGCGACUUCCCAUUUCUUUUAUUUGAGGGAUGGCAAGGCUACACUGAUAUCUAAUCAAAAUCAUGCUCCCUAUCUGUGCCAUUAUAUAGCUCAUCUUAAUUAAAUUUGCAUAGAUAUGUCAUAUUCUAAAUUGAAGAGACCUUUUAUUACAGUAAAAUUGCCUAAUCUAAACAUAUCUAUCGAACACAAUAUGAUACUAAACUUGAAAAGAAAACUCCUUUAUUACAUACACAUUUAAACAAUCGGUAGAGAGAAAACGUAGUAUCGAGCGUUUGCGCGUGUCAAACGCAGCGCAAGUGAUGCAUAUCCAUGAAUAACUAAAUCGAAUAAAUUACUUUGAACCAGGAAGCUCUUAUUACAAAGUAACGGCGAAAAUGGACAACAGUACGUAUUUAUCGGAGAAGUUAGAUGAGUGGAAUGGUGAACUAGCCAGUGGUUUAACCCUGAAUAAUGUGAUUUUGUCUCUGUAUAUUGUAACAGGUUUGUUGGGAAAUUCUACAGUGAUUCUGAUUUACGGAUUUAAGAUGAGAGGAAACAAGGAGGAGAGAUACUUUAUUCCAUUCCUUGCUACGGCGGAUCUAUGGGCUUCCUUGGUUUGCGCUUCUUUCGGAAUCGCUCUCAACAUGAUGCAGGCCGAGUUUAACAACACGCACCUGUGUAAAGCCUGGUGGUUCUUCGCGGCGUUCACUACUUUUACGUCCAUCUUCUUUCUUUUGAUCAUUGCCGUACACAGGUAUCUCAAAGUCUGUAGACCUCUUGGAAAACAAAUGACUCUGAAAUGGAAAAGAUUUGCUUUAAGUUUGGGUUUGAUACUAGCGUUUUUACAUGCUGUACCUAUGGUUCAUUUUUAUGGAUCAGUUCCCUUUCCUAAUGAUGUGGAGGGGAUCGUUGGACUACGGUGUAGCAGGCUGAAAACCACCAACAAAACAGGCUCUUUGAUCUUUGGAGGGGUUGUAGUCAUUACAGCAGUUACAAGCAUUAUUACGCUUGUUUCUCUCUAUUCCAAAAUUGGAUACACUAUUCUUGCACAUUUCAAAUAUUCUAAAACCGCAUGCAAACCUGCAACCAGUUCGGACACAGAAAAAUCCAGCAGGAUCGAUCACUCUCAGGUCACAAUCCCAAGCAGCGACGUGCCACUUAGUGACACAGAAAAUGGAACUUACUCUAUCGAGACGGACAACACUGAAUUAUCCGAAUCGUUACCUCCUCAAACGUCUAUAAAACCAACAGGGAAAACUCUUACAACAAAUACAACAAAACUUGAAGGAAAAGUGAAUCCUCAUAAGUCAAGUGCAAAGCGGAGAAAAGAAAGGAACAACCAGCGAGUUGUACACAAAUUCACUCUGAUGUUUAUGCUCAUCACGAUAAUCUUCCUCAUUUGUUACAUCCCAAAGGUUAUCAUCAUGUUACUAGAGGCCAGGAACCCGAAGUUCUGGGAGGAGUUUUCAGAUUCUGCUAGAGCUGGCGUGCUGUUUGUGUAUAGGAUGUACAUCAUAAACAAUAUUACUAAUCCAAUCAUUUAUGCAUUCCUGGACGAGCAAUUUGCUAAAGAAAUCAAGUCGUUGUUUAAAGUUUGCAAAUAAGAAACAGCUUGCCCGAAUACUUUAUGCUUUUGUUUCAUUUGAUAUGCAUGGAUAAUCCAUCUGUUUAAUACCACAAACAUUUUAUUUUUAUACUACCAUUGGUUUUUUAUUGGGUUUUUUUUAGUUCUAAUUUAGUGAGCUAUAUAUAUAUAUAUAUAUAUAUAUAUAUAUAUAUAUAUAUAUAUAUAUAUAUAUGGCAAGAUUCAAUCAACUAUAAUUCCAAUGUUACUUAUUACAAUUGUUUUGAUUGGACAAAAAUAAAGCUGAACAAGAGUUUAUACAUCAAUAAAUCCGAAAACGCGAUGUAUUCAUACACGCCUGAAAAAAAAAUAGUGCGGGGAAACUAUUCAAAUUUUUGCAAUGGUUAAUAAAGUGAGUGAAUUGGAAUUAUAAGAAUCAAACAUUCUUUUUGAAGAAUUUAUCGAUGUGUAAACUCCGGACAUUUUACUCACAAACUUAACAUAAAAGUGCUUCACAAUGUCAUAUAUCUUCUUUUUAAACUUUAAUACUUUUUCAAAUUUGGAAUGGAAGAAUUUAUAAGAUAUCAAUUGAUUUUUCUCAGUCUUUGUUUUAAAAUUGAACUGGAUUUAUAUUCAAUUAUGUUCUAUGUCAAUACAUCUAUUUCUAAAAUAAAAUCAAUACAAAUUUUU